ACGAACGCAAAAUUCAUUCCAAAUAAAACCUCACCACCACUCCUGCGAGUCUGCGACCCUGUCCUGUCCCGUCCUCCCCUUCCUCGUGCUCGCCUCCACCCUCGCCUCUCGUUCCAGCGCCGCCGCCGCCGCCGCCUCCUCCUCCUCCACGCCGGAACCCUAAAUGGACCCUGGUGCCGGUGCCGGCGCGCCGUACGCCUCCCGCACGGCGGAGGAGGUCUUCCGUGACUUCCGCGGCCGCCGUGCCGGCAUGAUCAAGGCCCUCACCCAAGAAGUUGAGAAGUUCUACCAGCUCUGCGACCCCGAAAAGGAGAACUUGUGCCUUUAUGGGUACCCUAAUGAAACAUGGGAAGUGACCUUGCCAGCUGAGGAAGUCCCCCCAGAGAUUCCUGAACCAGCACUAGGAAUCAACUUUGCUAGGGAUGGCAUGAACGAGAAGGAUUGGUUGGCACUAGUUGCUGUUCACAGUGAUUCCUGGUUGUUGUCUGUUUCGUUCUACUUCGCAGCACGGUUUGGGUUUGACAAAGAGGCAAGGAGGCGGCUCUUUAACAUGAUAAAUAACUUGCCUACAAUAUUUGAAGUUGUGACCGGGGCUGCAAAGAAACAAACCAAGGAGAAGGGCCCCAACAGUACGAACAAGAACAAUAAGCCAAGCACAAAAAUUCCAUCAAGACCAGAGUCUCAUUCAAAGGCCCCGAAGGUGGUGGCUCCCCCCAAGGAUGAAGAUGAUAGCGGCGAAGACUACGGAGAAGAAGAGGAGGAAGAGCGCGACAAUACCUUGUGUGGAACUUGUGGAACAAACGAUGGCAAGGAUGAGUUCUGGAUCUGCUGCGAUAACUGUGAGCGGUGGUACCAUGGAAAAUGUGUGAAGAUCACGCCUGCUCGAGCUGAGCAUAUCAAGCACUACAAGUGCCCAGACUGCAGCAACAAGAGAGCUAGGGCAUAACAACGACAAGCACCAGCGGGACUUGGAACGGAACCAGUGCCAGCGCCAAAUCGUCAAUGUCUGCAGAUAUGGCCUAGCUUUCUAGCUUGUAGACUUAUUUUUCAUUUCAAUCGAACACUGUUGAGUUGAUUCACUCUUGAUCCUGGCAGUUCUUGUUGCUCUGACUCUGAGUUGUCUUGAAACCAUUGGUUGGUGUAGUAUUGCCAGCUUCAAUCUUCUCUUCAGCGGAAAUGUCAAAGGCGUUCAGACUCA